AUGAGCCGCCGCCCCCCGAAGAGCUGCCCCUCGAGAAGGCGCCCGCUGAAGAGCUGCCCCUCGAGAAUUCACCCCCUAAAGAGCUGCCCCUCGAGAAGCCGCCCCCCCGAAGAGCUGCCCCUCGAUGUGCACCCCCCAGAGGAGCCGCCUCCUUGCGUGCUGCCCCCCGACGAGCCCCCACCUGACGAACUGCCCCUCGAGAGAUCGCCCCCUGACGAGGCGCCCCCCGAUGAGAUGCCCCCCACCGAGAUGCCCCUCGCCGUGCCACCUCUGGAGGAGCUGCCCCUCGACAAACCUCCGCUUGACAACUCGCCCCCUAACGAGCUGCCCCUGGACAAAUCGCCCCCCGACGAGCAGCCCCCCGACGAGCCACCCCGCGACGAGCCUUCCCCCGUUGAGCUGCCCCCCAGCGAGCAGCCCCCCGACGAGCUGCCCCCCGACAAGCCACCCACUGAUGAGCAGCCCCCCGAGGAGCCACCGCUGGACGAGCUGCCCCCCAGCGAGCAGCCCCCCGACGAGCUGCCCCUCGAUGAGCUGCCCCCCGAUGAGCCGCCCCGCAGCGAGCAGCCCGUUGAUGAGCUGCCCCCUAACGAACCAGCCCUCGAUGAGCUGCUCCCCGACAAGCCUCUCCUCGAUGAGCUGCCCCCCCCCGAAGACCUACGCCCUGCUGAGCCGCUCCCCAGCGAGCUGUCCCCCGAGGAAGACCCCAAGCUGCCAGGUCUCCUCCCCGAGGUGGCAGUGGCAGAGGAAGCGCCUGCCCUGGCCCCGGAGGUGCCCUCCGAAGAGGAGAUGGAGCUGGAGCCUGAGCCCUUGCUGCUCCCCGAGACCGCACCUCCGCCCCCUGCUCCCCCAGAUCUCUGUGCUGUGUCACCCGCUCGCCCCCCAGACCCCUCGCCCCACGCCAAGGAGGAUGAGGUGCCCGAGCCCCCCAGCAGCCCCGGCACUGCCAUGGACACGGAGCCCCCUGGCUCCCCGCCGCCCCCCCUGGGCUCCCCCGCCUGCACCCCGGCCCCUGCCGAGCCCCCUGAGGACGAGGAGAUGGAGACGGGCGGUGGUGAGGGGGGGUCACCGAGCAGCCCCCCCGGAGAUGGCCCCCACAUCAGCCCAGCCCCAGAACUAGGGCCCUUCCCGGGCCUGCCUGAGGAAGAGGAGGAAGAGGAGGAAGAAGCGCCGAGACUGGAGCGGGAGGGCACCAGCGGGAGCUCCCCGCCGCUGAGCGAGGAGGACGGGCUGGAGGAAGGCCGGGCGGGGGGGGACCCCGAAUCCAAGGGGUCCCCCCUGCUCCUGGAGCCGGAGGAGUUGGGCCCCGAGACCCCCAUGGAAGUGUGCCCGGCUGGGGAGAAGCUGCUGGAGCGCGGGGACGAGGGGGGCCCCGAGCCCCCCGCCCUGCGCCCCCGGCCCGAUAUCCUCAACGAGAUCUCCAACCUGAGCCAGGGGGACACGAGCAGCAGCUUCCCCGGCUCGGAGCCGCUGCUGGGCUCGCCGGACCCCGAAGGCGGGGGCUCGCUGUCCCUCGAGCUGGGGCUGGCCUCGGCCGACGCCAGCCUGCAGAAGGAGGACGCCGGGUCGCUGCCGCUGGGCGCCGAGACCGACGACUCGCUGCUCUUCGAGCCGGCCGCCAAAGGGGACGGGGACAAGAGCCGGCGGCGCAGCUCCCCGGGGCGCUCCCGUGUCAAGCAGGGUCGCAGCAGCAGCUUCCCUGGGCGGAGGCGCCCCCGAGGUGGGUCCCACGGGGGCCGGGGCCGGGGCCGUGCACGCCUGAAGUCGACCACCUCGUCCGUUGACACCCUAGCACUCGCCGACGUGGAGAGCUCGCCCAGCAAGGAGGAAGACGAGGACGACGACGACACGAUGCAGAACACGGUCGUCCUCUUCUCCAACACCGACAAGUUUGUGCUCAUGCAGGACAUGUGCGUGGUGUGCGGCAGCUUCGGGCGCGGGGCUGAGGGGCACCUCCUGGCCUGCUCCCAGUGUUCCCAGUGCUACCACCCCUACUGCGUCAACAGCAAGAUCACGAAGGUGAUGCUGCUGAAGGGCUGGCGCUGCGUGGAGUGCAUCGUCUGCGAGGUGUGCGGCAAAGCCUCCGACCCCUCCCGGCUCCUGCUCUGCGACGACUGCGACAUCAGCUACCACACGUACUGCCUGGACCCGCCGCUGCAGACCGUGCCCAAGGGGGGCUGGAAGUGCAAAUGGUGCGUGUGUUGUGUGCAGUGCGGGGCGGCUUCCCCCGGCUUCCACUGCGAGUGGCAGAACAACUACACGCACUGCGCGCCCUGUGCCAGCCUCGUCGUCUGCCCCUUCUGCCGCGAGAAGUACGUGGAGGACGACCUGCUCAUCCAGUGCCGGCACUGCGAUCGGUGGCUGCACGCGGCGUGCGACAGCCUCUUCACGGAGGAGGAGGUGGAGCAGGCGGCGGAUGAAGGCUUCGACUGCAGCGCCUGCCAGCCCUACGUGGUCAAACCAGCCGUGCCCGCGCCUCCCUCGGAGAUCUCCGCGAAGGCCAAGGAGCCAGAGCCCCAGUAUUUCCGCUUCGAGGGCGUGUGGCUGACGGAGACGGGCAUGGCGGUGCUGCGCAACCUCUCCAUGUCGCCCCUGCACAAGCGGCGGCAGCGCAAGGCACGCCUGGGCGCCCUGAACGGGGAGGGGGGGCUGGAGGGGGGAGACCCCCUGGGCCCCGAUGACAAGAAGGACGGCGACCUGGACGCCGACGAGCUGCUCAAGGCCGAAGUGGGGGUCGAGCACAUGGAGUGCGAGAUCAAACUGGAGGCGCUGGCCAGCCCUGACCGGGACGUGGGGGCUGACGCGGAUUCGGGGAAGGGGCUGGAGGACCCGGACGAGUGCAAGAAGAGGAAGCGCAAACCCUACCGGCCGGGCAUCGGCGGCUUCAUGGUGCGACAGCGCAAGUCCCACACCCGCCUGAAGAAGGUCCCGGCGGUGCUGGCUGAAGCGGGGCGCGAGGGGCUGAGCGCCGAGGGGCACCCGGAGGACGGGACUCCUGGGGACCUCCCUGCAGAGGGCGGCCUGGAUCCGGGCUCGGCAGAGGGGGACGAGAAGAAGAAGCGCCGGGGGAGGAAGAAGAGCAAGCUGGAGGACAUGUUCCCCCCGUACCUGCAGGAGGCGUUUUUCGGGAAGGCGCUGAUGGACCUGAGCAGGAAGGCGCUGCUGGCGGCGGGCGGCGUGGGCGACGGCGCCGCACGUCCCUCCCUAGGCCAGGGAGCCCCCCGGCACAAGGGGGACCCGAGCGUGGCCGGGGCACUGCAGGGAGCCCCCCCCGACAGGAGGGACCCCCCCACGCACCCCCGAGGGGACGACAGCACCGACGGCAGCGCCACAGCCCCCGAUGACGAUGGCAAGGACGACACAAAGGCCGAGGACCUGGGGACCGACGACCCCAAGAACUCCCCAGACCCCGGGGACGCCGAGAAGCCGGCCACCCCCGGGGAGGGCGCGCUGAGCUCCGACCUCGACAAGAUCCCCACGGAAGAGCUGCCCAAGAUGGAGAGCAAGGACGUGCAGCAGCUCUUCAAGGACGUGCUGGGCUCGGCCGAGCGCGCCGAGCAGCCCCUGAACUGCGUGGCGCCGGGGAUGGAGGCCGGGGGCGCGGGGCAGGACCCCAGCCGGGCGCAGCGGCCGUUCCUGCCGGGAGACCUCCAGCUGCCGGGGCAGGGGAGCGUUUCUCUGGGCUCGCUCUCUGGUGCUGUCUCCUUGGAGUCAUAUUCGGGAGUCUGCCAGUCCCCGUUCCUCGAUAACCGGGAGCGGAGCGGCUUCUUCAGCCCGGAUCACUGCGAACCCGAGAGCCCCUGGGCCAGCAGCUCGGCCACCACCACCCCCUCGACCCCCACGACGCCCACGACGGAGGGCGAGGGCGACGGGCUGUCCUACAACCAGCGCAGCCUGCAGCGCUGGGAGAAGGACGAGGAGCUCGGCGAGCUCUCCACCAUCUCCCCCGUGCUCUACGCCAACAUGAACUUCCCCAACCUCAAGCAGGAUUAUCCAGACUGGUCGAGCCGCUGCAAGCAGAUCAUGAAGCUCUGGAGGAAGGUCCCCGCCACGGACAAAGCCCCCUAUUUGCAAAAGGCCAAAGAUAACCGGGCGGCUCAUCGCAUCAACAAGGUGCAGAAGCAGGCCGAGAGCCAGAUCAACAAGCAGACCAAAGGGGAGGGACUGCGCAAGCCGGAGAGGCCCUCGCUGCACCUGCGGAUCCCGGUGCCGCCGGGGACACAGCCCGUCUACAUCGGCAGCCCCCCCGCCACGGGCGAGGGCUUCCUGAAGCCCCCGUCGGGGGCCGCCGGGGGGCCGGAAUCGCCCAGCGAGCUCUUCCUCAAGCUCCCCCCCCAGUCCCCCGCCCAAGUGCCUUCGCACGACCCCUACGGCGCGGCGCCUGCCUACGCGCUGGAGCCCCGCUUCCCCUCGCCCCUGGGCCAGAGCCCCACGGCGGGCGCUGCCUUCCAGCCCUUCCCCGCUCAGCCCCUCGCCGCUCCCCGCACUCUCCCCGGCUCCCAGCCCCCAGACUUCCACCCCACGCCCCCCGGUACCCCCCGGCACCAGCCCGGCACCCCCGACCCCUUCCUAAAGCCCCGGUGCCCCUCCUUGGACAACCUCUCGGUGCCGGGGAGCCCCAGCGCCCGCCCUCCCGAGGCCCUGCUCUCGCCCCUGCCUUUCGGGGAGCAGAAGAAGGGCCUGGAGGUAAAGAAGGAGGAGGGAGGGGGGAGCCUGGGGGUCUGCUCGCCCGGCUACGCGCCCACCAUGGGCUACGGGGACUCCCCGGGCGGCCCCCACCUCUCCGCCGCGGAGCUGAAGGCGGCCGACGUCUUCAAAGCCCCCAUGACCCCGCGGGUUUCUCAGGUAGAGCCGCAGAGCCCGGGGCUGGGGCACCGACCCCCCGACCCCCAUCCCUUGGCCCCUUCGCCCCCCAGCCACCCCGACCUCUACCGCCAGUCGCCCUACCCCGACCCCUACGCGCAGCCCCCGCUGACGCCCCGGCCGCAGCCCCCUCCCGAGGCCUGCUGCGCCCUCCCGCCGCGCUCCCUGCCCUCGGAGCCCUUCUCCCGCGUCCCCGCCAGCCCCCAGUCCCAGUCCAGCUCCCAGUCCCCCCUCACACCCCGGCCGCUCUCCAACGAAGCCUUCUGCCAGUCGCCCGUCACCCCCCGCUUCCAGUCCCCGGACCCUUACUCCCAGCCCCCCUCCCGGCCCCAGUCCCGGGACCCCUUCACCCCCCUGCACAAACCGCCCCGGCCCCAAAUGCCGGAGCCGGGCUUCAAGUCGGUGCCCCUCUCGCACAGCCCGGCGGCCGGCGGGGGCUUUGGGACCACCCCAGCGGGUGAGCCCCACACCAAGGUGCCGGGUGGGCAGCAGCAGCAGCCCCCCUUCGCCCGUUCCCCCGGCGCCAGCGUCUUCCCUGGCGGGCAGCCCCCCAUGCGCUUCACCUUCCCCCCGGCCGUCUCGGAGCCGCUCAAGGGUUCCCCGUCCCACCAGCCCCACGGGAUCAACAGCCAUUUUGUCCCCGGCAAGCCCCAGAGCUCAGCCUACGCCUCGUCCCCCGGUUUCCACCAGGCCGGCAGCCCCCUGGGGCCGGGCGCCGGGGCUGCCGACACCACCUACAGCCUCUCGCCCCUCCGGCCGCCCUCGGUGCUGCCCCAGCAGCCCCCAGCGCCCCCCCAGCAGCCGGACGCCACCAUCGCCUUCCUGCCCCGAGCCGCCCUGGGGGCUGACAAGAGGGAGGAGGCGGCUGCGGGGCUCACGGCGCCCCCAAAUCGGGACCUGGCCGAGCUGCCCGGCGGCCAGGACGGGGCCAUGGCCACCAUGAGCCAGUCGGAGCUGGAGAAGCAGAGGCAGCGCCAGCGGCUCCGCGAGCUGCUCAUCCGCCAGCAGAUCCAGCGCAACAGCCUGCGGCAGGAGAAGGAGAGCGCGGCGGCCGCUGCCGCCCCCUCGCCCGCGGGCUGGGCCCCCGAGGCCGGCAGCCAGAGCUUUGAGCUGAGCCGCGGCAUGGCCGCCUACCAGCCGGCACAGGAUAAGGGUCUUUUGGGGUCGCUGGCCACCGCCGCUGGCAGCGGGAAGCUGCCCGGCUCGGUCAUGGUGCAGGCGGCGUUCGCGCAGGACGAGCGGCUCUCCCGGCCCCCGCCGGCUGCCACCCCGGCUGCCCUGGACAUCAACGGGAGGGCGGCAGUGGGGCCCCCCCAGGCCUUUUACCCUCGCGGGGUCUUCCCGGCGCCGUCCCCGCAGCAGCACCUCUGGCAGCAGCAGCAGCAGCAGGCAGCCGCGGCCCUGCGGCUCCCCGUCACCUCCCGCUUCGCCCCCCCAGCCACCGGCACCCCCGUGGGCAGCCUGGGCGCCCGCCUGCCAACUCCUGCCGAGCCGGUGCCCGCUUCGCCCGGCACCCUGGGCGCACCCUUCAUCGAGCUGCGGCACAACGUGCAGAAGGGGCCUGGGGGGGUCGUGGGCUCCCCCUUCGCUCCCCAGGCUCCCCGGCCUCGCUUUUUCCUGCCCGGGGAGGAGGGCGCCCCGCAGCCCCUCUGCGCCCCCGCCAUGCCCAUGCAGGCGCUCCCCGCCCCGGCGCUGCAGCCCCAGAAGAUGCCGGUGCCCCUGCCGCCCGCCUCGCCGCAAGGCGCCGAGAUGAGCAACAGCCACCACCAGCUGCACGCCAAAGCGGUGCCCCCCGUGCCGCUGCCCGCCCCCAGCCUGGAGCUGCAGCACGUCCCCCCGCGCCCGCUCUCCUCCAGCUCUGCCCUGCGCCCCGAGGGCCCCAAGGAAGGCCCCGCAGCAGCUCCGGCCCCGGGCAAGAGCCAGCUGAGCCUGGAGGGCGGACGGCUGCCCUGCGAGGUGCCGGUGGAGCCCGACUUGGACGACGACUUCGGCUCCCACAAGGACCUGGAAGACGACGACGAUUUGGCAAAUCUGAGCCUGGAUCCGGACGUGGCCAAAGGGGACGAUGACUUGGGCAACCUGGACAGCCUGGAGACGGCAGACCCCCACCUGGACGACCUGCUGAACGGCGACGAGUUCGACCUGCUGGCCUACACCGACCCCGAGCUGGACACGGGCGACAAGAAGGACAUCUUCAACGAGCACCUGCGCCUGGUUGAGUCGGCCAACGAGAAGGCCGAGCGCGAGGCCCAGCUCAAGACGGAGCCGGCGGGACCCAGCUUGAAGCUCCCCGAUCCUGGCGACGGCAAAGACGCGGCCCCGUCGGCGGAGAACCAGGAGGUGCCCAAGGAAGGGCUGGUGCCGGGGGUGGGCUUGGGGCCAGCUCCCUGCCCGCCUGGAACCGCGCUGGCACCCGAGCCAGCCUUCAAGGCGCAGGGUUUGGAGGCGAAGGCGCUGCCCACCGACGUCAAGCCCAAGCUGGAGGAAGGCUGCCUGAAGACAUCGCCCUGCCAGUUCACCGCCGGUGGCCCCGAGCGGCUCCCAGUUCCCGUCAAGUCGGAGGCCCUGCAGGGCACGGAUAAGAUCUCUGCCUCUUUGGGGCUGACCCUCAAGCCCGGCCAGACCCUCCUGAGCCCCGGCGCCGGCCCUGCUCGCCUCGGCUUGACUCAUUUCCCAAACAGCGGCUCUGUGCUGGAGAAGGACCCUUAUGCUGGCCCUGGCCGCGGGCUGGCCCCUGCCCAGCUGGGCAGCCAGAGCAACCCUUUGCUGGAGAAGUUUGAGCUCGACAGCAGGGCGCUGGGCUUGGGCAGCGCCCGGCACUCGCCAGCCGAUGACCUGGACAAAAUGGAGAGCUCGCUGGUGGCCAGCGAGCUGCCGCUGCUCAUCGAGGACCUGCUGGAGCACGAGAAGAAGGAGCUGCAGAAGAAGCAGCAGAUGUCAGCCCACCUGCCCCGGGGCACCCCACACCUCCCGGCCCCAGGGCACCCCAUGCUGCAUGCGGCGGCGGCCGGGCAGCCCCUGGAGGCGCAGCCGCCCCGCCUGGGCACCCCGCAGGCACCCCUCCAGCUGGGGCUGGUGGCCAGGCCGCAGCUUAUGCCGCCACAGCCCCCCCGGCUCGGCACUCCCCAGCAAGGCCCGGCGCUGGCCCCCCACAUGGGCAUGGCCCCGGGGCAGCCCCACGUCCUGGCAGCCCCCCACGGCGUGCAGGUGGCCCUGGCGCAGCCGCAGCAGAGCCAGCAGCAAGUGCUCGUGCAGAAGCCGAUGGCCGGGGUGCAGCCGCCCGCCCUGGGCCUGAAGCCCCCCCAGCUCGUCAUGCAGCAGCAGUUGGCCAACAGCUUCUUCCCAGACACAGACCUGGAUAAGUUUGCUGCCGAGGACAUCAUGGACCCCAUUGCCAAGGCGAAAAUGGUGGCGCUGAAGGGCAUCAAGAAGGUGAUGGCCCAGGGCAGCAUCGGGGUGGCCCCGGGCAUGAACAGGCAACAGGUUUCCCUGCUGGCUCAGCGGCUCUCGGGAGGCCCGGCCGUGUCGGAGAUGCAGAACCACAUGCUGGCGGGGAGCGGGCAGGAACGGAGCGGCACCGACCCAACGCAGGCUCGCCCCAACCCCCCCACCUUCGCACAAGGCGUCAUCAACGAGGCCGACCAGCGGCAGUACGAGGAGUGGCUCUUCCACACGCAGCAGCUCCUGCAGAUGCAGCUGAAGGUGCUGGAGGAGCAGAUCGGGGCGCACCGCAAGUCGCGCAAGGCGCUCUGCGCCAAGCAGCGCACCGCCAAGAAGGCCGGCCGGGAGUUCCCCGAGGCCGACGCCGAGAAGCUGAAGCUGGUUACGGAGCAGCAGAGCAAGAUCCAGAAGCAGCUGGACCAGGUGCGGAAGCAGCAGAAGGAGCACACCAACCUCAUGGCCGAGUACCGCAACAAGCAGCAGCAGCACCAGCACCAAGCCUCGGCCGUCAUGGCCCUGAGCCCUUCGCAGAGCCCCCGCCUGAUGUCCAAGCUCCCCGGGCAGCUCCUCUCGGCGCACGGCGUCCAGCAGCCGCCGGGGGCCGUGGUGGGUGCCCAAGGCCUUGGCCAGCAGCCGGGGCAGCCCGGGGGGCUGCGCCUGCCCCAGGGCGGCGUGUCCAUGGCCGUGCAGCAGGGCCUGUCCUUCAUGGGCCAGCAGGCGGUGGGGAACGCCCCGGUGCCCGGCACCUCCAACGCUUUCUUCCCCGGGAACCCUGCGCUCCGCGGGCUGGCCGCCGACAGCCGUCUGAUGCAGGAGAGGCAGCUUCAGAGGAUGCAGCUGGCCCAGAAACUGCAGCAGCAGCAGAAUAUGCUGGGGCAGGUGUCCCUGCAGCAGCAGCAACAGGGCGUCAUGGGACAGGCGUCCAUGCAGCAGUCGGGUGUGAUGGGGCAGGCGUCGAUGCAACAAGCAGGCGUCAUGGCGCAGGCGUCGAUGCAGCAAGCGGGUGUGAUGGGACAGGCGUCGAUGCAGCAGCCGGGCGUCAUGGGGCAGGUGUCGAUGCAGCAAGCAGGUGUCAUGGGACAGACUUCAAUGCAGCCACAGGGCAUCAUGGCCCAGACUUCAAUGCAGCAGCCCGGCGUCAUGGCACAGACACCGAUGCAGCAGCCGGGCGUCAUGGGACAAACUUCGAUGCAGCAGCCGGGCGUCAUGGGACAAACUUCGAUGCAGCAGCCGAGUGUCAUGGGACAAGCCUCCAUGCAGCAGCCGGGUGUCUUGGGACAAGGUUCAAUGCAGCAGCCCGGCGUCAUGGCCCAGACUUCGAUGCAGCAGCCCGGUGUCAUGGGACAAGCCUCGAUGCAGCAGCCGGGCGUCAUGGCCCAGACCUCGAUGCAGCAGCCGGGCGUCAUGGGACAAGGCUCGAUGCCCGCAGCCAUGGUAGGGCAGCAGCAGGCGGCAGCAGCCCCGCAGCCGGGGGCCGUGGGGCAGCCCAUGGUGCCGAAGCAGCCGGCGGUGAUGGGCAGCCAGCAGAGCCUGCUGGUGCAGCAGCUCUCGCCCCAGCAGCAGCAGCAGCAGCCGGGCUUGCUGGGCCACGCGCCGGGGCUGCAGCACCAGGCGGUGCUGGGCCACCCCGCGCCCCAGCGCCAGGUCCUUCUUGCCCAGCACCAGCAGCGGGUGCUGGGGUCGCCCCAGCUGGCGCCGCAGCCUCCGGGGAUGCUGGGGCACCGCCUCGUGCUCUCCCAGCAGCUUGGGCAGGCGCGGGCGCUGCUGGCCCCGCAGCAGCAGAACUCGGCAGCCGCCCAGCCGGGCCUCCUGGGGUUGGGCCAGGGGCAGCCCCCCAUCCAGCACUUUCAGCAGCAUGGGGCGAUGGGCCAGGCUCCCUCCGUGCUGCACCUGAGUCAGGGAAUGCAGCCGGCCCCGGUGGUCCUGGCUGCCAAGGACCAGCCCGGAGGAGCAGAUGGCAGCGCCCUGCCCGCUGAGGGCAGCGAGAGCGGGGGGCAGCUGCACGGAGGGGGCCCUCAGGAGCAGCAGCAGGGAGCCCUCAACCCCCCAGGGCUGGGGGGGCCGGAGCCCCAAGCCCCCAAGCACCAGGCUGAGCUGGGGCAGGGUCAGCAGCUCCUCUUGGGCUCCCCGCAGCCGGGCGUCCUGGGCUCCCUGCCUGCCCAACCGGGGCUGCGGGCAGCUACUGCACCGGGCCCCUUGUUAGCCCCACCGCAGAGCCCCGGGGCCCCGCGCCCCGAGCUGCCCCAGCUGCACGGGGACACCGCUGGGGCUGCGGAGCCGCAGACGGGCUGCGGGACGGGCAAGGUGCCAGCAGGCUCAUUGCAGGGCCAGCCGCAGCCCCCCCGGCUCCAGAGUCCUGGGCAGCCCAAAGCAGGGCCAGCGCCGCAGCCGGGGGCCACCGCCACCACCGCGCUGUCCCCAGGCCUCCUGGGGCAGGUGCCGGGGCCGGUGAUGGGCCAGAUCCGGGCUCAGCUCCAGGGCGUCCUGGCCAAAAACCCGCAGCUGCGGCACCUCACGCCCCAGCAGCAGCAGCAGCUCCAGGCCCUCCUGGUGCAGCGGCACCAGCAGAGCCUGCUGCAGCAGAGCCAGGCGCUCCGGCAGCCCGGCCCCUUCCCCGGGCAGGCCCCGGAGCACAGCCCCCAGGCUCGCCAGCCACCUCCCCGCCCGCUGGGACCCCUCUUCCAGGCCCGGCCGGGUGCCCCGGCAGAGGAGCAGGGUGCGGGCGGGCAGGCACGGGGGCAGCCCCCCACCAGCGCCCCUCAGCAGCCUCUGGCGGAGCUGGUGCAGGCAGCCCUGGCUGCCCGUGGCCCCCAGCCUGGCCUCGUCCGGCUCCCCACACCGCCGGCCCCCUCGCCCCUGGGCACGGGCUGCAUCCCCCAGCACCUGGCCAGCCCCGAGCAGAGUCCCCAAGAGCCAAAGAAGAUGUCACCGGGGGUCCCGGCCUCGGUCCCCAGCCCGGCGGAGCAGGGGCUAGCCCCCGAUGCGGCGCGUGGCCCCUGGGACCCCGAGGCACCCGGUGCCGACCCGGCUGACCCUGGUGAGACCCACGUCAACGGGGCUGUGCCGGCGGGCGAGCCCCCCCAGGUGUCGGUGAAGCAGGAGCCGAAGGAGGAGGCGGCAGCGGCGCAAGGCGAGCUGGAGGGGGAUGAGGCAGCCAGGCUGGAGGCCAACGGGGAACCCGGGGCUGCCCAAGCCAGCAGCCCGCUGGUGCCGGGUGGCCGCUCCGAGGCCGGUCACCUCCUGCUGCAGAAGCUGCUGAGGGCCAAGAACGUGCAGCUCUCGGCGCAGUGCCCGGGCGAGCUCAACGGGCACGCCGAGGGCCGGGGCACCGGGAUGGAGCCGCGGCCGCAGUCGGUGCUGUUGGGCCGGGAGGACCCCUCCAUCGCCCGCAAGCCAGCAGCCACCAAACCCAAGCGGGUGCAGAAGGGGAACGAGCGGGUCCCGGCCUCCCGCAAGAAGCUGCGCAAGGACGAGGGGCUGCGGCCCGGCGAGGCGCUGAUGAAGCAGCUCAAACAGGAGCUCUCGCUGCUGCCGCUGACGGAGCCGACCAUCACGGCCAACUUCAGCCUCUUCGCGCCCUUCGGCAGCAGCCCCAUCAACGGCAAGAGCCAGCUGCGGGGCGCCUUCGGCAGCGCCGUGCUGGACAGCGUGCCCGACUACUACUCCCAGCUGCUCACCAAGAACAACCUCAGCAACCCACCCACGCCGCCCUCCUCGCUGCCCCCCACGCCGCCCCCCUCCGUGCAGCAGAAGAUGGUGAACGGCGUCACGGCCCCCGAGGAGCUGGGCGAGCAGCCCAAGGACGCCGACCCGGCCCGCGAGCCCCAUGGCCAGAAAGACACGUCGGCUGUGGAGGUGAAGAGCCUGGACCUGCUGGCGGCUCUGCCCACCCCCCCGCACAACCAAACCGAGGACGUUAGGAUGGAGAGCGACGACGAGAGCGACUCCCCCGACAGCAUCGUCCCGGCCUCGUCCCCUGAGAGCGUGCUGGGCGAGGAGCUGCUCCGCUUCCCCCUGCUCAGCGAGGCCAAGCCGGAGCUGGAGGAACGCGUGCUGUCCCCCAUCAUCCCCAUCAUCCCCCGCGCCAGCAUCCCAGUGUUCCCUGACACGAAGCCCUACGAGGCUGCGGAGCCUUUCGGGGCACCUCCGGGGAAGGUGGGGGCAGCCGGCCUGGGCGCCCCGUGGGAGAAGGGCAAGAGCAGCGAGGUCUCCGUCAUGCUGACCGUGUCUGCGGCAGCCGCCAAGAACCUCAACGGGGUGAUGCUGGCCAUGGCCGAGCUGCUGAGCGUGAAGAUCCCCAGCUCCUACGAGGUGCUGUUCCCGGACGGCCCCAUGCGAGCGGCCGUGGUCGAGGCUAAGAAGGUGGAGGUGGACGUGGCCGGGAUGCUGGGGGGCAAGGAGAAGGCGGCGCUGGCCGGGAAGGUGCCGGAGAGCAGCUCGGAGUGGCUGAAGCAGUUCGAUGCGGUGCUGCCCGGGUACAGCCUCAAGGGCGAGCUGGAUCUCCUGACGCUGCUCAGACAGGAGAGCCCCGUGCCCGAGAAGACCCUGCACCACGGCUACGUCAACAACGUCUCCAACCUGGACGUGCGGCAGCUCUCCGUCAUGCCCCAGGAGCCCUCGCCCCCCUUGUCCCCCUCCGUCCCCUCCCCAUCCAGCCCCGCCGAGGCCGCCAGGGUCCCCGACCCCGAGGCUGCCCACGAGGCGGCCCCGGCACCCCCCUCGCCACUGCCCCCCGCCCCCUCGCCAGCCCCCGGGGAAGAGGGGGCCGCGGCCCCCCACUCGCCGCCCCGCUUCAAGCCGCGCUCGCGGCCGCCGGAGGACGGGGACGAAGCCCGGCCCCGGCUGAAGAAGUGGAAGGGGGUGCGGUGGAAACGGCUGCGCUUCCUGGUCACCAUCCAGAAAGGGGGGGCCAAGCGGGACGGCGACAAGGAGAUCGCGGAGUUCAUCGACAAGCUGGGCACCACGCUGCGCCCCGAGAAGGUGCCGCGGGACCUGCGCAAGUGCUGCUUCUGCCACGAGGAGGGCGACGGGGCGACGGACGGGCCGGCCCGCCUGCUCAACCUCGACCUCGACCUCUGGGUCCACCUGAACUGCGCCCUGUGGUCCACGGAGGUCUACGAGACGCAGGGGGGGGCCCUGAUCAACGUGGAGGUGGCCCUGCACCGCGGGCUGCUCACCAAGUGCUCCCUGUGCCAGAAAACCGGCGCCACCAACAGCUGCAACCGCAUCCGCUGCCCCAGCGUCUACCACUUCGCCUGCGCCAUCCGCGCCAAGUGCAUGUUCUUCAAGGACAAGACGAUGCUGUGCCCGCUGCACAAGCUGAAGGGCCCCUGCGAGCAGGAGCUGAGCACCUUCACCGUCUUCCGGCGCGUCUACAUCGAGCGGGACGAGGUGAAGCAGAUCGCCAGCAUCAUCCAGCGGGGCGAGCGGCUCCACAUGUUCCGCGUGGGCGGGCUGGUCUUCCACGCCAUCGGGCAGCUCCUGCCGCACCAGAUGGCCGACUUCCACAGCGUCACGGCCCUCUACCCCGUGGGCUACGAGGCCACGCGCAUCUACUGGAGCCUGCGGACCAACAACCGCCGCUGCUGCUACCGCUGCACCAUCUGCGAGAACAACGGCCGCCCCGAGUUCGUCGUGCAGGUCAUCGAGCAGGGCCUGGAGGAUCUGGUCUUCUCCGACUCUUCGCCGCAGGCCGUCUGGAACCGGAUCAUCGAGCCGGUGGCGAUGAUGAGGAAGGAGGCCGACAUGCUGCGGCUCUUCCCCGAGUACCUGAAGGGCGAGGAGCUCUUCGGCCUCACGGUGCACGCGGUGCUGCGCAUCGCCGAGUCGCUGCCCGGCGUGGAGAGCUGCCAGAACUACCUGUUCCGCUACGGGCGCCAUCCGCUCAUGGAGCUGCCGCUGAUGAUCAACCCCACCGGCUGCGCCCGCGCCGAGCCCAAGAUCCUCACCCACUACAAGCGGCCCCACACCCUGAACAGCACAAGCAUGUCCAAGGCCUACCAGAGCACGUUCACGGGCGAGACCAACACGCCCUACAGCAAGCAGUUCGUGCACUCCAAGUCCUCCCAGUACCGGCGCCUGAAGACGGAGUGGAAGAACAACGUCUACCUGGCGCGGUCCCGCAUCCAGGGCCUGGGGCUCUACGCCGCCAAGGACAUCGAGAAGCACACCAUGGUCAUCGAGUACAUCGGCACCAUCAUCCGCAACGAGGUGGCCAACCGGCGCGAGAAGAUCUACGAGGAGCAGAACCGCGGCAUCUACAUGUUCCGCAUCAACAACGAGCACGUCAUUGACGCCACGCUGACGGGGGGCCCGGCCAGGUACAUCAACCACUCGUGCGCCCCCAACUGCGUGGCCGAAGUCGUGACCUUCGACAAGGAGGACAAGAUCAUCAUCAUCUCCAGCCGGCGCAUCCCCAAGGGGGAGGAGCUCACCUACGACUACCAGUUCGACUUCGAGGACGAUCAGCACAAGAUCCCCUGCCACUGCGGAGCCUGGAACUGCCGAAAGUGGAUGAACUAGCUGCGAGAGAAAAGGGGGGCCGGGGGUGGCUCGGAGCCCUCUCGGGGACGCGCCGGCGUCCCCCAAGGGCCCUCCGCCGGGGACGGGGCCCCGGGGCCACGGAGGUGCCAGGGCGGUUGGUGGCGGCCACCGGGGCACGGAGGCCGCCGGCCCGGCCCGAGCGGGGAUGGACGGACGGACGGACGGACGGACUGGCAACUCAGGGUUUUCUUUGCUUCGUCCUUCGAGGAAGGGGGGGGGGGGCCCGGCGAGCCUCCCCUUCCCCCCCC